AUGGCGCAUGAAACACUGCAUGAGAGGAGCGCCUGCGCGACGCCGGCAGCCACGCAAUGCGUGGAGGACAGGCUCGAGUCGCUCAAGGCGCGCCUCCAAGAACGAAUUCAAGAAGAGCGUGAUACAGAGCGGGGGCAGAGCAACAAGAGGAGAAGAGCAGCUGAGGAGGAGAACUUCACAGACGCCACAUUCUUGGAGCUGCCUGCGGGAAAUGGCGGGCUGACGCUGGCCGUGCAAAGAGCAGGGCUGCCCACCUUAGCGCCUGCGGCCAUAGACGACCAGGGAAGCGCCGAGGAGCUGGAUCUGGCAAAGCUGGACGUCUUUAAGAGGCUCAAAAAGCGCGUUAAGCAGAAGCAGGUCAGAUGGUUGCAUGUCGCGGUGCAUGUUCAGAGCUUCAGGAAGGAACGCAGAAAGGGCAUGCUUGGCAGAACGAAGCUCCAUAGGAAUGCAGCAAAGCCGGCGGGUGUGGAGCCGAAGGGGCGGCUGCUGAGAGAGGCCAACUUGAGAGCAUCACGAGCAGCACAGUUGGCCUUGCUCCAGAGAAAAGCUGGAGGUUGGUUUAGCAUGGAAAGCGCAUGGAGGUCCUACCUAUGGGAUUGCCCGCCAGUGGCAAGGCUGCGCCGGUUGAAGGGCGUAUUUCUGUGGCAAGGCGACCAGUGCCGGUUCUGCGGAAAGCAUCGCAAGCCGACUGGGUGGCUGGGAAACGCCCACUUCCUGGAGCAACUGAAUGUGAGCUGCCCAGGGCCGCCGCAGCAUGUGCACGUGCCGUUGCAACAGUUCACGCAGGGCUACUUGGGCAGAGCAGAAUACCCACAGGGGCUGUGUGACGAGCUGGCCAAGCCGUACAAGCUUGCAGUUGCAAAGGCCAGAGAGAGAGAGCACAUGCUUCAGCAAAUGAUUGCCGGGUGCUGGAAGCUACAACCAAAGACGGGGCCGGGGCCCUGGGGCAACAUGCUCGAAAAGUUAGCAGAGGUGGCAGGCGACCCGGCAGCAAGUUGGCCGCGCAAGGGCACUCUCCUAGGAAUUGUGGAAGCAAUCAAGCCUGGGGGGUUCCCAAGAGUGGAAGAGGAAGAGAGGCUGGAAGAAUCCGCCAGGCUGCAAGCCUUGGCGGGGCUAGCAGGCGCAGACCGCAACUACGGCUCAUACGAAGAACGCGCGGACGACGCAGAGAAGCUGUUCUGGAAAGAAUGGGAAAUGGGGUACAUGGACUGGUGCCCCGACCGACAGAGUCUGGAAAGGUCCGAGGUGAACGCGGCCAUCAAGUUUGAGGAGCGGCUGGUUUUGCCAAGGCUCAAAGAUGUGCAGGAGGAUCUCUUGCGUCUUCUGGAGCAGAAGGGGCCACGGGAGAAGGUCCUAAUCCUCACUAUGGACUUCCGGGACGCCCUCAAGCAGCUUAAAGUCAGGCCCACUGAGCGGAGGUAUCUGUCCGGCAGGACAGCGCAUGGUUGGUUCGCUUACACAACGGUGCUGUUCGGCAUUCGGACGGGGCCACUGGUGUGGGGACGGCUGGCAGCGCUCAUAGGACGAGCAACGCAGUCGCUGUUCCACCCACAUCGGGCGCGUCUCCAGACCUUUGUGGACGAUCCUGCUGUGUCCAUCAGGGGCACCGCUGAGCAAAUCAGAGAUGUAGCGGCGCGGAUCCUCUGGUUCUGGCAGGCGCUAAACAUGCCGCUGUCCUGGGAAAAGGGCACCUUGCAAGAAGAAGCGGUUUGGAUUGGUGCGCAGAUCCAAAUCGACAACGUGGAGAACUCGGUCCGCUUGAAAGUGCCGCCAGAAAAGGUAGCCGAAUGGAGUGAGCUGGAGAAGACCCUUCACGUGCAGCCACUGGAGGAGCAGUCCUUUACAGAGACGGCCGGCCAAUUGAGCUGCUAG